AUGUCAGUGGCCGGGGGCUGGUGGGGAGGGGGAUACGAAACCUUUAACUCGCAAUAUCCUGAGUGCUGUGUGGAUGGAAAACUCAUUUCCCCAGAGAGGACUGAGGCAGAGAGAAACCUCGCCAGCCACUGUGAGAAGCAGAGUGCCAACCACAAACCCGCUUACGACCAGGGUGGUCCAGUUGAAAUCCUGCCUUUUCUCUACCUUGGUAGUGCCUAUCAUGCUUCCAAGUGCGAGUUUCUUGCCAACCUGCACAUCACGGCCCUGCUCAAUGUCUCCAGGAAAAGCUCGGAGUCCUUCAAAGAUCAGUAUUGCUACAAGUGGAUCCCAGUGGAGGACAGUCACACAGCAGACAUCAGCUCACACUUCCAGGAAGCCAUCGACUUUAUCGAUUAUGUCAGACGAACAGGGGGCAAGAUCCUGGUGCACUGCGAAGCAGGGAUUUCGCGCUCUCCCACCAUUUGCAUGGCAUAUCUCAUGAAGACGAAGAAACUCCGCUUGGAGGAAGCCUUUGAUUAUGUCAAGCAGCGCCGGAGCCUGAUCUCACCAAACUUUGGUUUCAUGGGCCAGUUGCUGCAAUAUGAAUCAGAGAUCUUGUCUUCCACUCCCAGCCCCCCUGUCGCCUCGUGCAAAAGAGAAGCUGCGUCUUUCUUUGCAGAAGAACUGACAUUAAGCAAAAACUUUGAAGGCUCAUGUUUUGCCUUUCCUACCUCAGUGUUGAGUUCUGUGCCCAUCCACUCACCCGUCCACCAGCUGAAACUCA